AUGAAAAAUGAAGUCAAACUGAAAGCGUCAGGGCAGAGGGCUCAGGAUACUAGAAAUAAACGGCUUUGCACAUGUAUGGAAUUGAUUCAUUACCUGAAAGUCGCCGUCGAAACUGCUCGGCAACAAGCAGUUACCUAUCCUUUUCAUGGGCGAUCCAAUCGGGGAUCGAGGAUAGGUCAUGUCGUUCACUAUGGAACCGCUUGCCAUCGGUCUGUGAUGCGAGUUUUUUCAAAGUCAAAGGCUUUCAAAGUCAAAGUGGCUGUUCUGCAACGUCACCCACAAAUCAGCAUGGCUGACAAGGUGCUGUUAUUGGGCAAUUACUUGGCGGCGGGGGAAUAUCCCUCGUCAACGGUUCGGCCUAAGGAGAACGUAAGCAUUUGGCUUGCUAUUUUACACAAACUUGACAAACUAUUUGCCCGCAUAUUUCAGAUGAAGCCCUCAUCGUUAAGAAGAGCAUCCAGCAUGGACGACGCCUUCGAUGGAUUUUUUGUAGAUUUUUGUAGUGUUGGGGUGGCGGGUAGGAAUGGGUGCUUUUAUAAGCUUGCGUUCUCGGUCAUUCUUACUUUUUUGGUAUGUAGUCUCUAUAGCAUCUAA